AUGCAAGAAAAAAUGAGCAAAGCCACGGAAAACCUGUACUAUGAAGACGCCGCGGCUGCUGGUGCUGACCCAGCCGUGGGUGCUGAAGGCGUCAAUGACUCCGAGCGCAACCCCAACCUGUCCUGCAAGCGCAUGCUCUCCUUCCAGCUCAUCCUCAAGAGCAAGGUCAACUCCCCCCUGGAGUGCUCCUUCCUGCUGCUCGAGGGGCCCUACGACGACGUCAGCAUCCGCCCCGUCAUCUACCACUUGGUCUGCAGCAACGAGAGCAACGAGACCGAGUACCUGGCGCUGCCCAUCGCUGACUCGGUGGAGUGCAACAAACUGCUGGCGGCCAAGAACAUCAACCUGAGGCUGUUUCUGUUCCAGAUCCAGAAGUGAGACUGUGCCGACUGAG